AUGGAUUACUUGAGUGUUACUUUGUUAAUUUUGUUUUCUUGUACAUUUUUCAAAAUGUUUACACGGAUAACUAAAUCUUCGAUUACAAAUCUCUCACCUGGUCCAGUACCUCUGCCAAUCAUUGGGAAUCUUUUGCAACUAUGUAAAAAGCCUCACGAGUCACUGACUCGGCUAGCCAAAGUUUACGGACCCUUGAUGUCAUUAAAGCUUGAUUCCGUAGCAACAAUAGUUGUUUCAUCUCCAGCAAUGGCCAAAGAAAUUCUUCAAAAGCAUGAUCACUCUUUUGCUAGUCGGACCAUCUUAGAAGCAAUUACGGUAUUCGAUCACCAUAAAGUUUCAAUGGUAUGGUUGCCUGUUUCUCCCCAAUGGCAUAAUCUUAGAAAAAUUACAAAUUCACACAUCUCCGCCACUCAAAAACUCGAUUCAAUAAGACGCCAAAAGUUAAAUGAUCUAGUCGCCUACCUUUGUCAAAACGCAAGCUCCAGUUCUGUGGUUGAUAUUGGUCAUGCUGCUUUUACUACUGUUCUUAACUUGAUCUCAAAUAGUUUCUUUUCUAUAGAUGUAGCUAAUUAUGAUUCAGAUUCUAUGUUUGAAACUGCGCUUAGAGAAGGAAUGUUGGAAGCUGGAAAACCUAAUCUCUCUGAUUAUAUACCGGCAAUAAGCUUCAUGGAUGUGCAAGGUAUUAAACGGCGUAUGAGAAAUUAUGCCAGAAUAAUGGAUUAUACAUUUGAUAAAAUAAUGGAUCAUAAAUUGGAGCUUGCUAAAGAGGGAAAGAGUAUUAGUAGUUCAAGUGACUUGCUUGAUAUAAUUCUUGGUCCUUCCCAUGACGAUGGUGUUGAGCUUCAACGUCACGACAUCAAAGCUUUACUUAAGGUACUAUUUAUUUAUUUUCUUUUUUGGUUCUCUCUAUUAUCUACUUGGUAUAAGCUUUAA